GUAUUAGCAAAUAGAUAUGAAAUUGUCAAUAAAUUGGGAAGUGGAAAUUUUGGCACAGUUUUUAUGUGUAAAGAUUCCUAUGGUGACAAAGAAGAUAAAGUUGUGAAAGAAAUUUACGUUGGUGAAUUACAGCCUGAUGAAACUGUUGACGCCAAUCACGAAGCCAGAUUAUUAUCACGAUUAAAACAUCCCAAUAUUGUUAAAUAUUUUGACAGUUUUAUAGAUGAAACUCUGGAAUAUUUUUGUAUUGUUACAGAGUAUUGUGAGGGUGGUGAUCUAGAUUCUAAGAUUAUAGAAACUAAGAAGAAAGGAAGAUAUAUAGAAGAAGUAACAGUAUUAGAUUGGUUUGUUCAGUUAGUAUUAGCAGUCCGAUAUUUACACAGUCAAAGAGUUCUUCAUAGAGAUUUAAAAUCAAGAAAUAUAUUUUUACGCAAGAAUAAGAUAAAGAUUGGUGAUUUUGGUAUAUCACGUAUAUUGAUGAGUACUGUGGAUUAUGCAUCGACUUUUACUGGAACACCAUACUACAUGAGUCCCGAAGUUUUAAAACAUGAAGGAUACAAUUCUAAAUCUGAUAUUUGGUCAAUUGGUUGUAUAUUAUAUGAGAUGUGUGCAUUAGAACAUGCAUUUGAUGGUCAGGGUUUGAUGGCAGUGAUGUAUAAAAUAGUGGAAGGGAAACCACCAGACUUACCUAAAAGAUAUUCUAAAGAUUUAAAUGAAGUAUUUAAAGGGAUGAUAAUCAAGAACCCAGAUGAAAGACCAUGUGCAACAAAAGUUACUCAGAUGCCUUAUGUGGCCAAACAUAUGGCUGUAAGUCAAGUUUUUUUAAAUUUUUACACUAGAAAUUUGGUGCAAUAUGUAAUUCAUUAUAAAUUGAAUUACACACUCUAUUUUAGUUCAGAAAAGGCCCGUAUGUCAGACUACGAGGAUGCCAGCCAAAAAAGUUUAACACCAGCAGAAAAAGCCAAGAUUAGAAAAUUACGCAAAGCAGAAGAAGAAAGAAAUAGACUAAGUCAACUUGCUAAAGAAAAUUAUUUAGAAAAUCAAGAAAGAAAAUCAGAUAUAAGAAGU